UGCAUUCGCUGCGGUCGUCUUCUCUUCUCUGUGUCCAGUUCUUCUUCUUCUUGGACCGAACUCAAGAACCCGUUCACUACAAACUCUCCUUCAAAUGCUCCUUGCCUGAAUCUCUCUACAUAAUCUUCAUGCUUUCCAAAUUCUCAAAACCUUCUCAAAGGGUUCUUGAGGGUCUUCUUACCCUCAGGCUCAGACUCCAUUUCACUCAUCAUCCGAUCACCCACUCCAAUGCCAAUCCUCUUCGAGAUCCGUUCAUCGCACAUUCCUUCUCUUCAGCUCCCUCUUUCCAAUCGAAAUUCCCUUCAAAACCCAUCUCUUCCAAUGUUGGUUUGUCCCAAUUCCUCUAUUCUCCCAAGCUAACUGCUGGAAAUUCUUCUCUGGUUACUAAAUUGAAUGCCCAUCAUUCUGCUUCUAGGUUUAGAUUCUUCUCUGUUAAAAUUCCUCGUUUUGGGGGUCAAAUCAAUGGAAAUUUCGCUAAGAAGGUUAUUGAUAAGCCUGCUGCGGCUGUUAGUUCUGCAUUUUCGAGGUAUCGGGAAGCCAUUGGGUUGCAGAUUGAGGCUUUCUUCAAGAGAAAUUAUCUUGUUCUAUUGGGGUUUGCAGCAGCUUUAAUUUGUGCAUUGCUUUGGAAGAUUAUGUUUGGUAUUGCCAACACCUUUGUUGGGCUCUCUGAAGGCAUGGCUAAGUAUGGAUUUCUCGCUUUAUCUUCAGCUAUCGUUGCUUUUACUGGCCUCUAUAUGCGCUCGAGAUUCACAGUCAAUCCUGAUAGAGUUUAUAGAAUGGCCAUGAGAAAGCUCAAUACGUCAGCAGGAAUUCUUGAGGUUAUGGGUGCCCCUCUUACAGGAUCAGACUUGAGAGCUUAUGUUAUGUCAGGAGGCGGGUUCACGCUGAAAAAUUUCGCACCAAACCGUAGGAGCAAGCGAUGCUUUCUUAUUUUUCCAAUCAGAGGUUCUGAAAGGAAGGGUCUAGUCAGUGUUGAAGUAAAAAAGAAGAAGGGCCAGUAUGAUAUGAAGCUACUGGCAGUUGACAUUCCCAUGGCAUCGGGACCCGACCAGCGGCUAUUCCUAAUUGGUAACGAAGAAGAGUACAAAAUAGGUGGUGGACUGAUAUCUGAGCUAAGGGACCCUGUUGUAAAAGCUAUGGCUGCUGUCAAGGAAUUUGAUGAUCUUGACCGAAUUGAGGAAAAGGAAGAUGCAGAGAGAGAACUUCAAGAGGCAGAGAGAAAGAACCGAGAAGAGAUCGAAAAACUCGAGAAAGAACGAUGAAUUUUUGUGAUAUCAUUGUCUUUGUAGUAGUUCUUUGGAGCCUGUUUUGAGAAUCUAGCCUCAUCUUAGAAAAAUGAAUUUGAUUUUAAGAAUCCCAAAAUCUGUAUGUUUAUUGUAUUUUUGGAAGCUCACUUGACUUUGUGCAAGAUUUUCUUUGGAUUUUAGAGUUUUCACAAGAAUCAUUUACGGCAAGUAAAGUUGAAUAAAGCUUGCAAUGUUAUUACUAUGU